UCCCUCUUCUCUCGCCGCCUCCUGGCCUCCGCACCGACGCGGCCCGGGCUGGAGCCGAGCCGGGGCCGAGCUGCAGGCCGAACCGGAGCCGGAUCUGUACCCGCUGAGACGUGGAAACAUGGAGGCCUGAGCCGGUGUGCGCCACCUGGGGCUGCGGCGGCGACAGCGACUUCUCCUGACCCCUCUGCCACCCGCCCAUCCGUCCGCGGGUCCGUGGAGCUGGAGCAGAUCCCCCAGCCGGCUGAGACAGGUGGGCUGUAGCGCCGCCCCCCUCAGCGCGGCCCGGCCCGAAAGCCUGGCUGUCCCCGGCCUCCUGUCAGAGGGGGUCAGGGGCCACCCUCCGCAACCCGGCCAGCGCCCCGGGGCGGCGGCGAAGGGACCCUCCCUUCCCUGCCCGCGGGCGCCUGGGCCACCCGGAGGGGCUGUGCUGACAGCCGACGGACCUCUGUCGGAGUCCGCUGUUGGGAGUUGGGGGAUACCGAAGGCCAAGUCGGUGCUUCCGGAGAUGGGGCGGUGUUGGUCUGACAAAUGGGCGUGUGAUGGGCAGGGUUGUCUUUUGGAAAUGCAGGUUUAAGGACAAAUUAUCUGCUUAAGCUAGAAGAUGGGAUCGAAUAGCAGCAGAAUCGGCGAUCUUCCUAAAAAUGAGUACUUGAAAAAGUUAUCAGGCACGGAAUCUAUCUCUGAGAAUGACCCGUUCUGGAAUCAGCUUCUCUCAUUUUCUUUCCCUGCACCAACUAGCAGUAGUGAGUUGAAACUCUUGGAGGAAGCAACCAUUUCAGUCUGCAGGUCGUUAGUUGAAAACAAUCCUCGAACAGGAAAUCUUGGUGCACUAAUUAAGGUCUUCCUUUCUAGAACCAAAGAACUAAAACUUUCAGCAGAAUGUCAGAACCACAUCUUCAUUUGGCAGACACACAAUGCUUUGUUUAUUAUUUGCUGUUUGCUGAAAGUGUUCAUCUGUCAGAUGUCAGAGGAGGAAUUACAACUUCAUUUUACUUAUGAAGAAAAAUCUCCUGGCAAUUACAGUUCUGACUCAGAAGAUCUUUUGGAAGAAUUGCUGUGCUGUUUGAUGCAGUUGAUCACUGAUAUUCCACUCUUAGAUAUUACAUAUGAAAUAUCAGUAGAAGCUAUAUCAACAAUGGUUGUUUUCCUUUCCUGCCAACUCUUCCACAAAGAAGUUUUGCGACAGAGCAUCAGCCACAAGUAUUUGAUGCGAGGUCCAUGUCUUCCAUACACCAGCAAACUUGUGAAGACCUUAUUAUAUAACUUUAUCAGACAAGAAAAGCCACCUCCUCCAGGAGCCCAUGUUUUCCCUCAGCAGUCGGAUGGGGGAGGACUGCUUUAUGGACUUGCAUCAGGAGUAGCAACAGGACUCUGGACUGUCUUCACACUAGGUGGUGUGGGCAGCAAAGCGGCUGCCUCUCCAGAGCUUUCUUCCCCUCUGGCCAACCAGAGUCUCCUGCUUCUGCUGGUGUUGGCCAAUCUGACGGAUGCCUCAGAUGCGCCAAACCCCUACAGACAAGCCAUUAUGUCCUUCAAGAACACACAAGAUAGCAGUCCUUUCCCCUCAUCAAUUCCACAUGCCUUCCAGAUCAACUUUAAUAGUUUGUACACAGCUCUUUGUGAACAGCAGACAUCUGAUCAAGCAACUCUCCUCUUGUAUACCUUGCUCCAUCAAAAUAGUAAUAUUAGAACAUACAUGUUGGCUCGCACAGAUAUGGAAAAUCUUGUUUUACCAAUUCUUGAGAUUCUGUAUCAUGUUGAAGAAAGGAAUUCACACCAUGUGUAUAUGGCCCUUAUAAUAUUGUUGAUCCUUACGGAAGAUGAUGGCUUCAACAGAUCCAUUCAUGAAGUGAUACUAAAAAAUAUUACUUGGUAUUCAGAACGAGUUUUAACUGAAAUCUCCUUGGGGAGUCUCCUGAUCCUGGUGGUAAUAAGAACCAUUCAAUACAACAUGACUAGGACACGAGACAAGUACCUUCACACAAAUUGUUUGGCAGCUUUAGCAAAUAUGUCAGCACAGUUUCGUUCUCUCCAUCAGUAUGCUGCCCAGAGGAUCAUCAGUUAUACCUGCCGCCACUUGCGGAGAUAUGUUUAUGUGUUGGACAAACUGUAUUUCCCCCACUCUCACUGUUCUACGCUUCAGCAUUGCUUCUCGACCCUCAGUGACAAUGGAGAGGAACUCUUGUCUUUAACUUGCUCUCACAUUCUCAGAUCCUAUGCUUCCAGUUUAUUUUCUUUGCUGUCUAAAAAACACAACAAAGUUCUGGAACAAGCCACACAGUCCUUGAGAGGUUCGCUGAGUUCUAAUGAUGUUCCUCUACCAGAUUAUGCACAAGACCUAAAUGUCAUUGAAGAAGUGAUUCGAAUGAUGUUAGAGAUCAUCAACUCCUGCCUGACAAAUUCCCUUCACCACAACCCAAACUUGGUAUACGCCCUGCUUUACAAACGCGAUCUCUUUGAACAAUUUCGAACUCAUCCUUCAUUUCAGGAUAUAAUGCAAAAUAUUGAUCUGGUGAUCUCCUUCUUUAGCUCAAGGUUGCUGCAAGCUGGAGCUGAGCUGUCAGUAGAACGGGUCCUGGAAAUCAUUAAGCAAGGCGUCGUUGCGCUGCCCAAAGACAGACUGAAGCCGCUGGCCGAUCGUCAGGUGGACAGAGUCCUUGCAUGCCAGGCCUUUGUGCAUGCAGCUUCUGGGUUCUCACAGUUUCAUGGCUUGUCUGUCAGCUCGUUAUUUUACCCCCACUUUGACCACAACAUUGCUAGGAUGUUGGGGAAACAGAAGUGUGUAAGACACCACCUCUGCCCUCGGAAAAAUGUAUCACCUUUCAGGAGAGAAAGGCACCCCCUUGCAUUGCAGAGCUGAGUAGAGCAGGGCACUUUACGCUGCGUGUCAAAUGAAUGGUGUAGAAGUUAAGUUCUGGAAGAAGGAAUGGAGACACUGCUGGGAAGAACUAGUCAGGGAACAUUGAAGAGAAACCUGGACUUGACCUCUGUCUUAAAGGGAUGGUAAGGUUUCCAUAAAGCUGGAAUGAAAGAGAAAUCCAGAUGGGGAAAUCUGUGUGUGAGUACAAGAGAAGGCCCAAGGCAAGUUCAGCUUAGUGUCCAACUGGAACAAUAGGACUCCCCUAAUUCUCUCUGCUGUAUUAAUGUGGCUUGUAUUAUUUAAUGGUACAGUAAAGUAAUUAGUGGCUUUCAAACUCUUUAGACUGCCACCCACAGCAAAAAAUACAUUUUACAUCAUGAUACAAUUCACAUAUUUAUAUACAACUGAAAGGAAAGUUUGAUAAAACAGUACUUACCAUCAUUAAAUGUGAUGGGCUCCGA